GGGGAAGUAAACAUUGUCCUAUUUUUUCCACAACGAGGACGACGCCGUGAGAUGCCGUCCGUUUACAACAGCUGAUCAACGGAAGUACGAAAGCAGCUUGAAAGUUUCGUGUUAUUGUUAUUGUGAUGAACGGAUUUAGCACCGGCGAAGAAGAUUCAAGGGGUCCGACAGACCAAACGUGCUGUUUGAUAGACAACGGGGAACGUUGCUCGAAAGCGGCUGGAAACGCUAGCUACAGCAAGAGGAUACAGAAAACGGUCACGCAGAGGAGGCUCAACCUCAACAUCGACAAUUCCGCAAGGCAUAUUUACAUCUGCGACUUCCACAAAAUGAUAAUUCAGUGUGCAAGAACAAAAAGAAGACGCAAGGAUUCGGAGGAUGAUAGCAACGAGACCGAUACUGAUGUGCCCGAAGUGGAUCUUUAUCAGUUGCAAGUUAAUACUUUGAGGAGGUAUAAGAGGCACUUUAAAGUGCCGAUGAGGCAGGGACUUAACAAGGCACAAUUAGCUGAUACGAUAAUGAAACAUUUCAAAACGAUUCCUGUGAAGGAGAAAGACGUCGUUACUUUCUUUAUUUACACAGUUAAAACGAACAGCAAUAAACUCGAUCAAAAGAAUGGUAUUAACGAGGCGACUUAAUUUAUUUUAUGUGCAAUAAUUUUGUUAUUGGAAGUGUUUAAAUUGCUUUAUAAUAUUGUGGACCAUUUUAAUUUAUUUUGCUACUGUUCUUUUUAUUAAUUUUAUUGUUUAAUUACCUAAACACAAACUAGUCAGUAACUUUUUCUUCUUCAGUCAGUGCGAUGUCAAAUAUUUAAAUAUGUGAGGUUAUGUGUCAAAGUUUGGCAGAAAUAACAUAACCUAAGAAUUUUUAACAAUUUCUAUUUUUUACAAAUUAUCUUUGUAUUGUGCCGGUAGCAAGAAUAAUUAAGUUUGGAUAGAAAUAGAGAUAGUGUUAUAAUAAUUUUGUACAUUAUAAUAAAACUUUAUUAAAAAAUUAC